AUGAAUGUCCACAAGCUAUUGGUUAUUGGAGAUUCAGAUCUGUUGAUUCAACAGGUUCAAGGAGAAUGGGCCGUGAAGAACCUGAAGAUUAUACCUUACAUGCAUUAUGAACAGAAGUUGUUCAAAAGAUUUCAUAUAGAUAUGAAAGAACAUCCAUUCCAUCGUUCACAUGUUGAAGCGGAGCCAGAUGAUUUUCCGUGGUAUUUCAACAAAAAGAAACAUUUAGAGACCGGGAGUUAUCCAGAGGAUGCAACAUCAAACAAGAAAAAAUCGAUACAUCGUAUGGCUCUCUACUGCUUUCUAAGAGGAGAAGUCCUUUAUUGGAGGACUCCAGAUUUGAUUCUUCUCAGAUGUAUUGAUGUUGUAGAAGCUUCAAAUCUUAUUGAACAAACAUAUACUGGAGUUUAUGGCAUGCACAUGAAUGGGCUCACUUUGGCAAGGAGGAUCCUUCAGGCCGGUGAUUUCAGGAUGAUUAUGUAG